UUUCUCUUUAGAUCUCUCUUGAAGAGGGCUGGUAUAUUUGUGCCUGCUGGAGGUGGAAUUAACUGUAAGAAGGAGGAAGAGAUUGAAUGGAUUUACAAGAAGGAUUUCAAGUAAAUUCAGGGAAACACAUUUACUUGAACAGUAUAACCUUGGGUCUUGUUUUACACUAAGACCAUACAAAAGAUGUUCAAGUUAUCACUAGGCUGCCGGACAAAUAUAAUUCCAUCACCAAGGUGCAGAUCAGCGUAGAUCUGUGAUUCAGACCUCAGGAUUUGUUUUGGAAAGAGUUCAAGCGUUGAGAAGAAGUCAGAGCAAGUGAAGAGAACUUGGGAGCUACAGUCUAUCAGAAGACCAGCUUUCGUCAGUUCAAAUACCAAAGGCCUGAUUAUCAUAAAUUCACAUAGGAAUGCAUAGGUUAUUUGAUCAAAUAAUUUUAGCCAGCUUUUGCUACAUCAACACCGCAAAAGUUCUUAACAACUGUGGAUAAUUAGAAAUCUGAAUUUCAGUUUUCUUAGAAAUAACUACUCUUGACGUGUUCUAAAAUAUUUAAAGCAGGAGAAGAAAAUGGACUGAGGGUGCCGUGUUCAGAAAUAUCACUGUCAUGAAGAAUAGGUAAAUUUGUUUUUACAGCUACUGGCGAAGUGUACCUCCAAGGAACCUGGAUUAUUAUUAUUUUUUUCCCAAGUGGACAAGAAGGAUUAAAAAUAUCGACUUUUGCUUUUAUACAAAAAUGCAUUGGACUGUCUUUUUACUUAGGGGUAUUGUGGGCUUCCUCUGGAGCGGCUGGGUUCAAGUGGGUUAUGCAAAAGGAGGCCUGGGAGAUAAUCAUGUUCACUCCAGUUUUAUUUAUAGAAGACUACGGAACCAUGAAAGACGAGAAAUACAGAGGGAAAUUCUCUCUAUUUUGGGUUUGCCUCACAGACCCAGGCCCUUUUCACCAGGGAAACAAGCAUCUUCUGCGCCCCUCUUUAUGCUGGAUCUGUACAAUGCCAUGGCUAGUGAAGAAAAUCCCGAGGAGUCAGAAUAUUUGGUGAGGGUAUCCCUGGCUGGAGAUGCCAAAGAGACAAGAAAGGGAUACCUAGCCUCUCCCAAUGGGUUUGCGCAUCGUCUGCACUUACCUCCAAGGAUUCCUCUGACUACCCAGAGUCCACCUCUUGCCAGCCUACAUGAUACCAACUUUCUGAAUGAUGCUGACAUGGUCAUGAGCUUUGUCAACUUAGUUGAAAGAGACAAAGACUUUUCUCAUCAAAGAAGGCAUUACAAAGAAUUUCGGUUUGAUCUGACCCAGAUUCCACAUGGAGAAGCAGUGACAGCAGCUGAAUUCCGGAUUUAUAAGGACAAGAGCAACCAGCGAUUUGAAAAUGAAACAAUUAAGAUUAGCAUAUAUCAGAUCAUCAAGGAAUACGCAAAUAGGGAUGCAGAUCUUUUUCUGCUCGAUACAAGGAAGACACAAGCUUUAGAUGUGGGUUGGCUCGUCUUUGAUAUCACUGCGACCAGCAAUCAUUGGGUAAUUAAUCCACAGAACAAUUUGGGCUUACAGCUCUGUGCAGAGACGGGGGAUGGACGCAGUAUCAACGUAAAAUCUGCUGGUCUUGUGGGAAGACAUGGGCCUCAGUCAAAACAGCCGUUCAUGGUGGCCUUCUUCAAGGCAAGUGAGGUACUUCUUCGAUCUGUGAGAGCAGCCAGCAAACGGAAAAAUCAAAACCGUAAUAAAUCCAGCUCUCAUCAGGACACCUCCAGGAUGCCCAGUGCUGGAGAUUAUAAUACAAGUGAACAAAAACAAGCCUGCAAGAAGCACGAACUCUAUGUGAGUUUCCGGGAUCUGGGAUGGCAGGACUGGAUCAUAGCACCAGAGGGAUAUGCUGCAUUUUAUUGUGAUGGAGAAUGUUCUUUUCCACUCAAUGCCCAUAUGAAUGCCACCAAUCACGCCAUAGUUCAAACUCUGGUACACCUGAUGUUCCCUGACCAUGUUCCUAAGCCUUGCUGUGCUCCAACCAAACUAAAUGCCAUCUCAGUCCUCUACUUUGAUGACAGCUCCAAUGUAAUUUUGAAGAAGUACAGAAAUAUGGUAGUACGUUCAUGUGGCUGUCACUAGCUGGAAGUGCUUGGGAUAAUGACAAAACAGAUCUGUGUUAUGUUUAUGACCGCAAUAAAAAGCAGGGAAAUGGGGAAUUUCCUAAAA